UUAAAUCUUCAAAAGGUUCUGAACAUGUAUCCAGUUCUCAUUUAGUCACUGAUAAUAAUCUCGUAUUAAAUGUUUCUUCUCAUAAAGGAUCUUUUACUAUGGUUUCCAUCAUCACUUCUUCGCCAUUAAUUGUCUCGACAAAUCCGUUCUCUGCCCUUUCAGAGAAUAUUUCUAGUUUAAACAAUUCUAUUCCUGACACCUUAAACAGUACCCAACUUCCUGGAGAAAACACUAAUUUGGCUGCUUUUUCUAUACAAACAAGGCCCAGCCAAACAAGCCCUAUGCCAACUGUUCCUGUGCCAGCUGUCUCCAACGUGUCACACCAAAAACUUUUACCCAAUGUAAUAGGGACACCUGUAGAUACUACUAAUGGUUUUACAAAACCAAUGGCUAGGGCUCACUUGGAUAAGUCUCCACAGGACACGUCAUCUCCUCAAAUACACCUGCUAAAAACGAACUGCCAAAUGGACCUCCAGCUACACAGCAAUAGCCAGUUACGAUUUAACAAUAUAAACUCCUCCAUGCCAGAAUUAACCAAUAGCAUACAAAACAUAUCCCCAUGCAGUGAUUUGCCAUCAUUUUCUCCACAAUCUCACUCUACUGAUAUUACUAUAUCUUUUCCUACUCCUUUACACAAUAUUCACGCCCCCAUUUCUGGUGGACGGAAUAGUCCACUUACAACCACUAUUUCCACUACAACGCCCACCCUUUCCACAAAUGAACAACUUACCACCAUUUCCACCCCAAUUUGCAAACCAUCAUCUAGUGUUUGCCAUACAACCUCUUCACCCCAUACACCAACCUCAGUUGUGGGUGGAACUGGGACUACAGGUACAGGCAGUGUGUUUCAACAUGACCAUCAACGGAGUGAACACUGUUCUAAUCCUUCAGAACCCAAACUUCUUGGCACAUCUGAUAUUGGAGGGGAUGAAACUAGCCAUGGACAACUACUUAAAUAACAUCUAGCUACGCAACAUCCUCAAUCCACUGGCUCCAGCAGUAGCUCCGACCACUUUUCAUCACAUGCAGAACCUAGGGAACUUGGGACCACACUUCAACCCACUGCCCAACAUCAACCACUUCCCACAGCUUCUUUUCUUCACCCCACAAGAACUAAUCAAUGUGAAUCCUUUGUUCUACCCAUGGAUACCUCACCCAGUCCAGAACCCACCUGCAUAAGAUCCCAAUCUCAUUCCCAUGGACCAUCCCAACCCAAUCCCAAUAGAUAAUUCCAUUGUUCUACCAGAACAAGAGCCACAAGAAUAAAUCGAGAUGGUAGAAGAUACCACCACCCAGAACCUCGUUCACAUAAAUAUCAGGUCUCAAAAAGUAGCCCUUAUGUUGUUCCCGGAGGACGAGGACAAAAAAUACAUUCACAACUGCCCGAUAGCGCUGCUCAAAUGUUCAUUCAAUCAUCAACCAGCAAUCAAUCCAGCUCUUGUGAAAUUAGCUGGAGUGCUAAUUCCGACUCUGAGGCCCAGCCCAUUUCCUCAGAAGAAGGAGCCAGUGACACUGAUGCCACAAUUUUACACCCCGAUGAAUAGGCGUGCUAGUAUUAUUAUCUGGAAUGUUCGUGGUGCUCAUAAUGAUAACUUUAAAAGGAACUUUAGGGAUCUUAUUAACAAUCACAAUCCCUGCAUAGUGGCCCUUUUAGAAACUAGAAUGACUAGUCAUGUUAGCAUUAAAGAGGAGUUUGAUUUUGAUGAUUUGAUUGAAAUUCCAGCUCAGGAUAUGUCGGGGGGUAUUGUUUUGUUUUUCCUCACCAAUAUGGUCACUGUUACUUGAAUUAUGCAAGUUGAUCAAGAAUUGCAUGCUAUGAUUACGGUGCCUAUUGAGGAGGUUGCAGAAUCCAGUGGUACGGCAUAGCUUCCGAGAAGGGAAUAAAUGUGCUCAUGUUUUGGCCAAAAUGGGUUCCCAGCUGCCAGUAUGUAAUUAGUUAACUGUGGUGUCAUCUCCUCCAACCCCUGCUCAGCCAGUAGUACAAGCAGAUCAGGACGGAGAAUUAUCUACUAAACUAGUCUCGUUAUCUACUUGUAAUAAUUUGGCAAGUCUAGGAAACUUACAUGUAAUCGCUAUGAAUGAUAGCGAAUCCGUGUCUACUACUGACUCUGUGGCUACUACUACCAAUGUAACGUUCUAGUAUUAAUAAAAAUUUCCGUUUUACCAAAAAAAAAAAAAAAAUACCAACCUUUACCCCUAUAUAUUCUAAUGACUCUAAUACCUAGCCGGUCAAAACUUAUUACCCGACAUACCCCCUCCAAUUAUCCCUUCCCCUCUUCAAUCUAAGCUUGUCCUCACCGAAUGCACACAAACAAUAAUACCACAAUUCAUAUGAAUUUGUCAUUAACCGAAUGCUCAUGCAUCACUGUUGAUAAAAUUGAUGUAUUAUUUGAUUAUAUUUUGUUAGAAAGCAAGUAAUCAAUGCUAUUUUGUAUUUUCCCAAUUGUU